UGUGAAAGAUAGUGGUAAUCCAGUUCUGUCAUCAACAACAAUGUUGUCUUUGACUCUAACAGUUAGUAACAACACAUCAAAGAUAUUUAAGACCCCUUCAAAGACAACAACAGAAUCAAGUAAUGGUCUCCAAUUGAAUGUGAUGACUGUUAUUGUUAUAGCAGCUGUGAUCCUAUCAGUUGUUAUAGUGAUCUCUAUAUCAAUCUGUAUAGUUCAUGGUUUGAAGCGAACAGAUAGCAACUAUAAUAGUAGUGUUGAUAUGUACCACAAGGUUACACCUACAUUAAAUAUACAAUCAAAAUAUAUUUUUGAUCCCACAUGUGUUCAUCCUAAAGUUCAGAACACAUUGGAGAGAAAUCUGAAGAAAUCUCAACAACCAAUAGAAGACAGGAAAGAUAUUCACUGCAGAACUAUGUCAGCUGAUAGAUGGGAUGAUCUAACUUCAAGAAAACAACAGAUGUUUAUUCCAAGAGAAGAAAGCAUCUCUCCAGGAUAUAGAGAACUAAACUAUACUGACCAAUUCAGUGAAAUGUCAACAUUGUCAUCUCACUCUGAUAGUGGUCAUGGUUGGAGUGUCGGUAGUGCUGGACAUUAUGAGGAACUGCCAGAUCUGUGCCGCUAUCAAUAUGACCGUACAUGGAAUAGGAGAAAUCCCAAUUUUUCAAACACAUUCAACAGAUCAAGCGGAGAUAAUCACAAUGGAUAUCAUUACCAGCCUAACGUUGAUAUUAACACUUCCUGUGAUCAUGACCAAAUACCUUUUACAGUAACUGGUACUACAUCUGACGUAAGUGAACAACCAUCUACUGUACCAAUGACAAGUGACUUUUCUUCAGACUGUAAACCACCUCUACCAGCUGUACCUAAAGUAACAACUCUACCAAAGGUACCUUCAAUACUUCAGGUACCUUCUCAAUCUGAAACAAACAUCUAACAGCAUAAUUUCAAGAACAUAAAUCAUUAUUACAUAACAUAGGCAAUAACUUCACUUUAUGGAAAAUGUUAUAGCAGUGUUCUUUUUCCUCACAAUCGAACGUUUAUCGAUGAUGUGUGACUAUUAGAUUUAAUUUUCUUCAUCUCCUGUUAUAGUCUUAAAGGAACAUUAACCUUUAGCACUCUGCAUUUACUCUAGAAUUGUUUCCCCUACCAUUGUCUGCUAGAGGUUAAGUCAACUAUAUUUUUUCAUCUGUAUUUUGCAUUUCAUCUUUUCUACCAAUGUUAUGUUAAAGAUAACCUCAUUGCAAUCCGAACUCAGUGUGAAAUAAUCUUGACUAAAUUAUGCAGACAUUUUGUCCAAUAUUCUAAUGUUUCUCUAUAUCUACUGCUUGAAUUGUAAUUUUCUCAAAUCUUACACUCGUAUUCUUGCAAUAUUGUAUAUUCUCACUCAACAUUUUCCCUGAAUACUAAAUGUUAAUGUUUUUCUUGAAAUCAGAGAUUUAAUCCAUAUUCGACUGCAAUAGUUAGCACUUGUACCAGUUAGUUCUUUUCAUUAGGAAAUUCUUCGUUAUUAUUGUUUAUUCUGACAAAAUCUAUUAAAUUGCAGUUUUAAUUUCAAAAGAGCAAUAGUGGGUUUCCCACAUUCCCAUAUUGAUAACCACUGUUGCAUAUUUUCCAAAAGUUUCUUGACAUAAUUUUGUAGCUAUUUUAUAUUAUUGCUUUAAACUACGUAUGUACUUUAUUUUUAAAGGAAUAUAUUCUAUACUCAUUUUAUAAAAAAAAAAAGAAUGAUUUAGAUUGGGUAACAUCUUAGUCUUUAAAGCCAGUUUUCUCAGAUUUUUUUUUUUUAAAUAUGGUAUAAUUAUUGAGAAAUGAUAUUUUCCAUAUUGAAUUUAUUGCCUAUCCUCUCCAUUCCGAAUAUUAAACUUUUCUUCCUUAUUCAUUUGUGUACAUUCUUCUAACACACACACACACACAUGUAUGUGCAUGUACAGAAAGUGAACUAGUCUGUGAGUCAGACCAUUAUUAACUGCAAGAACUAGAGGCUGUAUUUCCAUUUCCUUGCAUGGGAAAAAUAGACAGCUUGUCAUUGGUUACAACAAACAUGACGUACUAACAACCAACUUCAUAGGACUAUAUAGUACUAUCACAUACCAACCUAUUCAGGACUGCUGCUGCUGCUACUACAACUUUGUAACCAGAACACACAAAUAGUGCAGUAACACCAGUACAAACAACAAACAACUCAUGGAGGUGACAGAAGAAAACUGAGGGUGCAACAUUUGUUUGAUAUAUUUCAUUAUCGUUAUCCACUUACUAUCCCUUUUGGUAACAUUAUUGAAGACUGUAGUCAUGCUGUCAAUGAUUUUGUUGAUUGUGGUGCUGAUGGCUAACAGCUACUGGUGUGUGGAUCAUAUGUACUAUGUGAAAGAGAAUAAUGAUACACACAGCUAUAUUGGAGAUAUUGUCACCGAUACACACUUAAUGGAUAAUAUACAGACGAAGGAUGACAACAACAAACUGACAUUUA